UACCAUGGAGAUGAUUGUUUUCUUUUGUAGCAAAUAUAUCUCCCAAGUACUGUAGCUUAGAAAAUUCUCUUUUGCAAUGACAAGGACAUCAAGUUUUUCAUACGAUCUUACGAGUCUCUGUAAUACUUCAUAUUUGUAUUUUUUCUGUCCACGAAAAGUUUCCAUAACACAUGGAUGAGGAAGGUACUUCCAAAAAAUUAACAUGCAGUGUUGCCAUCCAAGAUUCUGAUGAUCCAUACUCGUCCAAAGAGAUAAAGAAGGCCAUUCAGGAAGUUUCAGCAAACUCUUCAAAGACGCUUGACCUAAGUCGAAGAAAGAUUGUAUGCCUUACUGACGAUAUAAGCCAGGUUUCUAACAUUGAACACUUGUAUCUUGAAGGAAAUGCUUUGACUCAGCUCCCUGAGAAUGUCUUCUGUCAUCUUCCUAAUCUUACCUGGCUGGAUCUUCGGAAUAAUCAACUUAGAAGUCUUCCUUCUUCAAUUGGUAGUCACAGGUACCUGAAAACUUUGCUUUUAGAAGGCAAUCCUAUAAAGAAGCUUCCUGUAGAACUUGGUUGCUUGACUACACUUAAGGCUCUUAACUUAAGAUACUGCCCUCUUGAGUUUCCUCCACAAGAUAUUGUGCAUCGAGGAUUGAAGGCUAUCCAGAUUUUUCUGAGAAGUGCUGCGAAAGAUGUUAGCUGUCCACAGUCGCCUUUUAAAGAUGUUCCAGUAGUUGAAAGACUGAAGCUGGGAGAUUCAGUUAAAUCCAGUCUUAAUCUGUCAGAAGAAUGGGGAAGUGAAGAAGAAAAAGAAGAAUUUCAGAGGCUGCGACAGCAGAUCAUACAGGAGGAUGAAAAGGAAUUUUUUCUCAGUCAAAGCACAGUUUAUGAUGCCUUGUCACUGCCCGAAAAACUCAAACAAAUCCAUGACAAGCAAGAUGAAGCCUGCAGGAGACAAAAACCACCAGGUAACUUGAGAGUUAAAAGAGCAAGUCUAUAUGGCAGUUUUCCAGAUGUUUCAUCAUAUGACCUGCAGAUUCUCACAAAGAGGAAAGAAGAUCGACAACUUGCAGCAUUAAAAGAACUGAAAGAAAAACAAGUUUUAAUUGAACAGCGAAGAAAAGAUAAAGACAUGCUCAUGGAAUGGAGAAGGAAAACAAAGCUGGCACAAGAGAAGAAUGAAAUAGAACAUAAAUUCCAGGGUUUGGAGUUAGCAGGAAGAGACCAGGUAAUAAGAAGUGCGCCCUAUGCCACAGAUCCAAACCAUUACCAAAUGGUUAACAGUCAUGAACGAAUAAAGCAAAAUGUAAGUGAACAGCAUGAACACAUUAGGAGACCGCUUACAAGAAAAUCAGUGAAAGAAACUGAGGAUGCAAGAAAUGACCUAGACAAAGAGUUGGAACAAAAAAUUAGACAGCACAUUCAAGCAAUGCAAGAAAGAAGGAUAAAACCAAAAGGGACAGUGCAGGAGGAACUUGAGAUGGCUAAAAAGGAACUGAAUUUUCUUGAAAAGCUGCGAGCAGAAGUUGCUCUAAGAAAACUUGAGCAAGAUCUUCCAGUGGAAUAUCAAUUUACUGCAUUUACUGGCAUACCUUCAACUCAGCGGUCAACCACAGCAUUACCUCGAAACAUCUUUUCAAGCAAUAAAUUCUGAUGAAGUGCAUAUUUCUUUGUAACCAUUAAAUCCAUUAAAUAAAUGGUUUGAACUAUGGUAUUACCUAUUAGAUUAAUAUUUCGGUGAGAUUAGUAAACUACCUUCUUAAAAGGUCAUUUGGACUAUAUUAAAAUACAUUAUUUUGAUUAUGA